GGUCAAGUCGCAAGGGGGCCGAAGGGGAGAGGAGGAUCCAAACCCCAAACCCCCCCCGAUCCCCACGACGCGCCGCCGCCCCGCACCGAGAUGGCCGCCGGGGACGCCGCCAGGGCGCCACCGGCCGCGGAGGCGCAGUCGCUGGUGGAGUCCUUCUGCGGCGUCACCUCCGCGACGCCCCAGGAGGCCGCCUUCUUCCUCGAGAGCCACAACUGGGCCCUCGAGUCCGCCGUCCGCUCCUUCUACGACUCCGCCGACGGCGACGCCUCCGCCGCCGCCGCCGACGCGGCCGAUCCGCCCCCCCGCCAGCCCCCGCCUCCCCCGCCCGCCAGCGAUGGCGCCGACUCCGACGACGAGGACUACGUCGUCGGCGGCGGCGACGAGGAUCAGGACGACGAGGACUACGUCGGGGAUGGGGAUGGGGACGGGGAGGGGGACGAUGAUGACGACGAGGACGCCGCCCUCGCCGCGGAGGAGGCUGCGGCGUCGGACGAGCGGAGGAGGCCGCUGAAGAGGCUGAAGAGGGGCCAAAACGCGCGUGGCGGGAGCGGCAGCGGGAAGGGGAAUGUGCGGACGCUCUCCGAUCUCGGCGGUGGCAAGGACAGCGCGGGGUCCGAGGACUCGGAGGACGACGAGUAUAAGCCGCCGCAGGAAUUAUACACCGGAGGCGAAAAGAGUGGAAUGGUCGUUAGAGAUCGAUCUAAGCGUAAAAACCGUGCGGAUGAGAUCUUUAAGGAAGCUAAGAGGAAGGGAGCAAAGAAAGGUUCAUUUGAGGCUCGCCGGAAAUCAAAGAGCUUUGCUGGGACAGGCAGACUUCUAACAGGUGAAUCUGCAGAGCCUGUUGCGCCUCAGUCACCAGAAAGUAUUGUCCACAACAUCUAUUUUUGGACCAAUGGGUUCACAGUAAAUGAUGGUCCACUUAGAAGUUUUGAUGAUCCAGCAAAUGCUUCCUUUUUAAAGAGCAUCAAGAAUUCUGAAUGCCCAUCUGAGCUUGAGCCAGCUGAUAAGAAGUCUCAGGUGAAUGUGAAUCUUGUUCGGAAAGAGGAAAAGUGUCCUGAACCUGUCAAGCGCGCAGCUCCAUUCCAUGGAGCGGCAAAAACUCUGGGGACGCCUUCUGAUAAUAACUCCACACCUCCGGAGGCUACUUCUGCAGCAGCCGCUGCUUCCAGCACAGAGACCGCCUCCAAGACCGUGACGAUCACAGUGGAUGAUUCUUUGCCAUCGACCUCUCUGCAGAUCAGGUUCGUGGACGGCAGCCGCAUGGUCGCGCAUUUCAACACGAGCCACACGAUCGCGGAUGUGCGGGCGUUCAUCGACACAACAAGGCCAGGAGAAGCCGGUGAUUACACGCUCCAGGCCGGGUUCCCCCCAAAGCCGCUCGAUGACAUGAGCAAGACUAUCGAGGAAGCUGGCGUCGCCAACUCGGUAAUCAUUCAGACAGCGUAGCUUCGACAGAAAACAGUUUGUUGACCCCCCCUCUCUUCAACAAAGCACACUAUCCCAUCUGAAGCGUGCAAAUUUCCUCCCCUAUCUUUUCAUGCCAAGUUUUCUUUUUCUCUUGAAUCUACCCUUUUCUGCCUUCCAUGGCUUCGACCAAUAGCUGCUCCAGGUAUGAAGAGUGUAAAACAGUGAGAUCUGGGUAUCUCGUCCUUAUUCAUCUAUAGUGCUAUACUUUUGCUCUACAUGUCUGUUUCUUGCCCAGUCCACAUCACGUUUGGUGCGUU